AAAAUUAUGCUAGCCUCCAAAUUACCUCCUGUUUGACUGACUAUGUUACUACAGAGUGGCUAAUUUACAGAGAGAGAAACAGUCAACGCAGAAGAUUGCGAAGUUGCCGACUCACUCCACAUUCAAUGGAAUACCGAAUACCCAGUACGAUGAAUGUUCCAACAACAGCACAAAGACUACCUCUUCUCAAUGCUCGUGCCUUUCACUUCCUCUCUCUCCCUCUCCGAGGUGCUUCCAAGUUUGGCUCACAUGUGCCAAUAUUGUGUCAUAGUAGGAGAGUGAGAGUGGGGUUGUCGAAUAAAAUGGCUCUGAGUUUGGAAAACUGCGAUGUGGGCGUUGAAAAUAAGCUGGGGGUGGUUCGCCCUGCCACUGAACACUACGCUAAGGAGGCAAUUCAAGCACUUAAAACUGAGAAGGUUAUUGUAGUGCCUACCGAUACAAUUUACGGGUUCGCUUGUGAUGCCUGUUCUAUGGAAGCAGUGAAUCGGAUUUACAAGAUUAAAGGACGUGAACAUACACGCCCUUUGGCAAUAUGUGUUGGGGAUGUAUCAGAUAUAAUGCGCUUUGCUGUCACGGACUAUUUGCCUCAGGGCUUGCUUGAUUCUCUACUGCCAGGGCCUGUUACUGUUGUAUUAAGGCGAGGAGAGUCAAGUAUUCUUGAGAAGUCUUUGAACCCAGGAUUGGAUAGCAUAGGAGUCCGAGUGCCUGACUGUAACUUUAUCAGGGCUAUUGCUCGUGGUUUGGGAAGUGCACUGGCCCUUACCAGUGCAAAUCUGAGUGGGCAGCCAAGUAGUGUCUGCAUCAAAGAUUUUGAGAACCUGUGGCAACACUGUGCAUUUGUUUAUGAUGGUGGUGUGCUUCCAUCUGGUCGAGCAGGCUCAACAAUUGUGGACCUCACCAGGCUAGGAAAGUACAAGAUUAUUAGACCUGGAAGUGCAAACGAAGAGACUAUUGCAAUUCUUGAAAGACAUUCUCUACUAGAAGAAGCAACAGCUACUUGAGGAAGUGACGAAACAAUAUUCAGGUCACUUAUGUUUUAAAGACUUGGUGUUUUAUUACAGAGGCAGGAACCAGGAAAGGUUCUACUUGGGUGUAUGAGAAAUUGUGUCAGUCUGCCUCAUUGCAUUGUAGAUAAUUUAACCACCAGUCAUAUUCUUGAACCGCAUUGGAAAGUUUCACUGAAUUUUUCCCCUUUUCUAAAUUCUGAAUUAUGGUGACGGCAUUCACCCAAAAAAGAAUUUAUAUAUUCAUUGCCAAUGAACCAUUAAAAUCA